AUGCUGCGACAUUUUUCACUCUCCUCGCGGGCUUCCUCAAUUAUCUGUGGCCCGUGGGCGGUAAGCCGCCGUCACCUCGUGGUGGGCAACAGCAAGAAUGGAGUUCGUCCCACAGUCAAUAUCGACUGGGAGGACAUUGUCGGCUUUGACUCUGCCAUUGUAAACCGUCUCGUGGCUGGUGAGCUACUAGCAAUGAUGGACCUGUGUGCAAAGCGUGUGGCGGACAUCUUUCUAUCACCACUGAAGCAAAACAUCAGCGCCAGUACUGUGGGUGUGACGAACACGCGCUUUGUGUCCCCCGUCCUGCACGGUGACGCGAUUCGAAUGAACGGGAGGCUAGUGUUCUGCGGCUCGAGUUCUCUGGGCAUUCACAUCGAAUUCUUCCGGCGUUCGCCAUCGACGCUGCAGGAGACACCAGCAGGUGAGAGUUACUUCACGAUGGUAGCAAUCGGUAAAGACUUGCACGCGCUGAAAGUGGUACCUGCAGUGGAGCUGACAGAUGAGGGUGACAUUAGCCUUCACAAUCGUUACAUGCUUUUACGGCAGCGGGCCAAGGAGGAGGAGAAAGCAGCACGCGUUAUGAAGGAGUGUGAUGUCUGCUUGGAGGAUUUGGAGUGCGACAUUAACAAGUCAAAACUGUCGCUUGUUCCUAUUUCAUCCACCCGCACCGCGGCACACCGCAUCUUCCUACUCUACCACCUGAACAACAACCGCACUAUAUUUGGUGGGGAGUUGAUGCGCUGGAUGGAGAAACACGCGGUGCAUUGCGGUCGCAUGUUCACGGGCAACCGCCACAUAUAUACAGUAGGCAUGCACAGCGUGGCGUUCCAUCAGCCAGUGUUUGGGACGGACUGGGUGAAGCUGGAGGCUGAUGUUGUGUAUGUCCACAACACGACAAUGGAGGUGGAUGUGAGGCUCACUGUUGAGCGUGAGGGACGUGUUGUUAUCACGAACCGCGCGUCCUUUGUGCUAUUUAACUCCGAUGAGAUUGGUCAAAAAAUCGUUAUUCCAAAGGGUCUUGAUCUGCGGUCCGCCACACGUGAGGAAUCGCUCCGCUAUUCAGAGGCGAAGGCACGAUGCCAACGCCGUCUCGAGUCCAGAUGA